ACUUCGUAACCAUAACAUCAUAAUAUAAAAGAGAAAGGGGCCAUUAAACAAAGGUAAGCACUCGAUUUCAUCGCUUAUGUAAUCGAAAGAGAUUGGGAUAUUACGCAAAAAUGAUUGUGAAAACAAUCCUUUUGAUAGAACAAUGACUUCUUAAUAAAUAAGGAUACCUAUGAAGAUGAAAACUGCCCGUCGGACGUUUUCACAUAAAAAAUGGCGGUUCUUGUGCAUACUGCCAUGUUUUUCCAUUAUUUCAUCGGCUUUCAUCAUUAUAAAGGAUACUUAUAGCGAAACUAAAGAUAGCAUUUAUCAAGGUAAGACAAGUCGUAGUCUGCUUCAAUUUUCCAAUGACAGCUUGAUAAAAUGUAUACCUUCAGGUAUAGAUUCCUUUCCGGACGACUUUAUGACUCAAGAACAGAGAUUGAAAGGAGGUGUUAUCAUCCACUGCAUCAUUCUUCUGUAUACCUGCGCAAUGAUAGCCGUUGUUUGCGAUGAUUUCUUUAUACCGUCUCUUGAAAUUAUUUCAGACCAUUUGAAACUUCCGUCCGAUAUCGCUGGCGCAACGUUUAUGGCCAUUGGAACUUCAGCUCCCGAAUUGUUUUCCUCCAUAACAGGAUCUUUCAUAACCGAGGGCGAUAUAGGCAUAGGAACCAUAAUAGGAUCCGCAGUAUUUAAUAUGCUGGCAGUUACUGGACUUGUUGGACUUGUUUUAUGGAACGAGGUUUUGGAUAUUGACUGGUACCCAAUAGCUAGGGACUGCAUGGCAUACUUUGUUACUGUAUUGACUCUCAUUUUCAUUAUUUCCGAUAAUAUAGUUGCAUGGUGGGAAUCCCUUGUUUUGCUGGCUGUUUUCUUUAUUUACAUAGCUGUGUUGAGUUACAACAGAAAAGUCGAAAAUUGCUCAAGGCAGUUGGUAAAAUACAUUUCUCAGAAACGAUGUUUUUGUUGCUAUUGUGAAGAGGAGGAAAGAACGCCACUACUCAGACAAAGCCCAUCUGCUCCAGAAAUUGUUCAGACGUCAUCACAAAUUAGACAAGAAAGGGAUAGUUUCAGUGUCGAAUUCACAGAAAGCAGCAAAAAGGAUUUUCUCCAGAAACAAUUAAUUGCAAUAAAAAUUGAAAAAGUUAUUCUUGGCGAAGAAGAUGUUACAGAUGGAACAUUAUGCUCUUCUCCAAAUGGUGGAUUCUGGAGUUUAGCUUGGUGGUUUCUAAUGUAUCCAGCAAAUCUCUUGUUCUUUUUGACUAUUCCUAACUGCAGUUUCAAUAAACUUUACCCCAUCACUUUUCUAAUGUCAGUACUGUGGAUAAGCGUUCUCUCAUACUUAGCGGUUUGGAUGGUAACAAUAAUUGGUUACACGUUUUCCGUUCCUGAUUCAGUUUCCGGUCUCACAAUACUGGCUGCUGGUACAAGUGUUCCUGAAGUAAUCUCAAGCAUCAUCGUUGCUCGUGGAGGUCUUGGGAACAUGGCAAUAAGUAAUUUAGUUGGAAGCAACACAUUUGAUAUAUCUUUUUGCCUUGGAGCUCCUUGGCUUGUUAAGACACUAAUUUCCGAGAACAAAUUUUUGUUGGUAUAUAGCUCGGCAUUAACUUACACCACUGCCACUUUGUUGAUUUCUCUCGUUGCCUUUGUUGCUGCAUUUCACCUGUCGGGAUGGAAGAUAAACCGAAUAGUAGGACUAAUAUGUCUGCUUAUCUAUGCUAUAUUUGUAGUUUUGGCCUGCAUGUAUGAAUUAAAUGUAUUUGGUCGUAUAAAUAAACCAACUUGUAAUUAGGCAAUACUUGAAAAAGUUUGAAAGUGUAAAUAAAUAAAUAUUUUUAUGAAACAUU